AUGACAGACUCGAGCAUUGCAAGCACUGCAAGGCUGACAGAGCUGAAGGAGAAGCUGCCAACGAGCUCAGCGACAGCGAGGAAGUCCUACGCGGCGCAGCCCCGCGUGCACUUCGUCGUGAUCCUGGCCGUGCUGAAGGGCAUCAAGGGCCUCUGCUUGCCCUGGGUAGCAGCCCUGCUGCUGAGUCUCGCCCUCGCGCUGGUAGUUGAGUUCGGUUCCAAGGGGUUCCUGAUCUCACGGAGCGGUGGCCUUGGAGGCAGGCUCCAAGUUGAUACAGACCGUCUCGAGGACCUGCUGAAGCGUUCAAACAAGCAGAAGGAGCGCGCGCUGGAGGUCCAGGCGAAGCUCGGGAAGGGGGACAAAGAACAUUGUGACAUCGUUGCACAGCUGGCAGGUGAUCUCGUGCAGCCCAAAGCUCAACAGCCUAAGACCUGCCUGGCACGCUUGGUCAACAGCGAGAUUGGGGCCGAGGAGCUAUUCGACACGGCGGCCUUUUUCGAUAUUGAAGAGCACGAGGCGACCGAAGGCGACAAGCAGGAGACCAAGCGGCGGAUGUCCACCAUGCAAGAGGCGCCGCAGAAGCGCGCGAAGGACUUGUUCUCUGGAGCCCUCGCCUCAGUCGGGAAUACCACGAAGGAGCAUCUCGAGCACAAGAACAGGAUGGCCAAGAAGCGGGAGAACGACUCUGGGGAGGGGACCG